AUGGAAGCACAAGACCAUGUUGACGUUGAACGUGUCGAGAGCCACACACAUCGAAGUGUCCUCUCGCGCCUGUCACGCACGACCAGUGCACCAAGAGCACCAGUGGCUCCCACCGUCCUCCCCCUGAUGGACCUGGACAAGGGCAUCGUCGGCUGGGAGUCGCAGGAUGACCCGGCCAUGCCACUCAACUGGGCCCAGAGCCGCAAGUGGUCCGUCACCAUCAUGCUGGCCUGCAUCACCUUCAUGACCCCCUUUGCCUCGUCCAUCCUGGCACCCGCGAUCCAGUUCCUCGCUGAAGACUACAACGUGUCCAGCCUCACCAAGGCGUCCAUGCCCGUCAGCAUCUUCCUGCUCGGGUACGCUGUUGGACCGCUCUUCCUCUCCCCUCUCUCCGAGAUAUACGGUCGCCACAUUGUGCUCACAUCGGCGAGUGCCUACUUUUGCGUCUGGCUCAUUGGCUGCGCACUCGCGCCGAGUAUUGACACGCUCAGCUUCUUUCGCUUCAUGUGCGGUGUCGGCGGCUCGGCGUGCCAGACCAUCGGCGGCGCCGUGAUCGCCGACGUCUUCCCCGUCCAUCAGCGCGGCCGCGCCAUGACCAUAUGGAUGAUGGGACCCAUGGUUGGCCCGACGAUUGGGCCCGUCAUCGGCGGGUUUACCGCCCAGACCAUAGGCUGGCGCUGGGGUAGCUGGAUCACCUUCAUCCCGGCUACGAUUGUGGUCGUCGUCAUGGCCAUCUUCAACAGCGAGACGAAUCACCAGGUGCUGAUCAAACGCAAGACACUGAAGCUGCGAAAAGAGCUGAAUCGUCCGGAGCUGCGGAGCUGCUACGUGGACCCAGACGCGCCCGUCAUCACUAAUGGACGUAUCCUCCUGAACGGCCUGGUGCGGCCCAUCAAGAUGCUCUUCACCAGCGUCAUCAUCUUCGCUGUCAGCUUGUACAUUGCCUUUGUGUACGGCUGUCUGUACCUGCUCUUCAACACAAUUCCCAUGGUCUUUCAGGGCGCCUACGGGUGGUCCAUUGGCGUGACCAGUCUGGUCUACUUCAGCCUGCUCAUCGGCUACGCCAUCAGUCUCUCCAUUUUUUCGGUUCUCUCCGACAAAACCGUCGUGCGCAUGACGACCGCUAACAACGGGGUCUACCAGCCCGAGUUCCGACUACGAGAUUGCAUCUAUUUCGCCCUCAUCCUGCCUGUGACCUUUUUCUGGUACGGCUGGAGCGCGGCCGAGAAGACGCACUGGAUUGUGCCGACGCUGGGCAUCAUCCCCUUUGGCAUCGGCUGCAUCGGCGUGUGGAUGCCCAUCCAGGCCUACAUUGUCGAUGCGUAUCCGCAGUUUGCCGCCAGUGGGCUGGCUGCCUUCUCCGUGCUACGCUGUACCGUCGCGGCCUUUCUGCCCUUGGCUGGCCCGGCCAUGUAUGAGGAGCUGGGCGUCGCGUGGGGGUCCUCGCUCCUGGGGUUCAUCGCCGUGGCUAUGAUACCGAUCCCCACGGUCAUUUUUAAGUAUGGCAAGACGCUCAGGGAGAGAUAUCCUCUGGACUUGUGA